AUGUUUCAGAGCAUGAUCCACAAUAACGAGACACUCCCCGACGUACAAAAAAUGCAAUAUCUAAUAUCAAUUUUAAAGGACGAGGCACGCAAUGUCAUCGGUCCUCCUGAGGUGACUGGAGAAAAUUAUAUGAAGGCAUGGGAGAUGCUAAAGGAAAGAUUCAACGAUUCAAGUUCAAUUAUUCAGAAGCACUUCAGAGCUUUGUUCGAGAUGCCGGUAGUUCAAAAGGAAAAUCACUUAGUGAUAAGGCGCCUGUUGGAUGAUGUCCUGAAACAUCUAAGGGCGCUCGAAAGACCUAUAAAGCAUUGGGACGACUUAAUAGUGCAUAUGAUUACAAGUCGUUUAGAUCACAAAACAAGAAGAGACUGGGAGGUAACUAUUAAGAAAAAUGAAAUUCCCACGCUGAAGCAUUUGAUAGAAUUUCUUGCUCAACACAAUAAGGCUUUGGAGGCAUCGGCUCGCGCUACUCAUGUAGGAGCCGCAAGUGCGGGUCACGAAAAGGGAAGUCAUUCCAAGAGUACUUUAGUACUUAAUCUGACAAUAGCUCGUCACAAAUGUGUGUACUGCAACAAAGAAGAUCACGCUAUAUACAGAUGCGACGAGUAUCUGCGUCUGGAAGUUGAUAGAAAGAUUAAAGAGGCCAAAGCACGUAAUUUACUUGAAUUAUCUACGAAGUACAUCAAGCCAGACAAUGCACGAUGGGACCGUGCCGUAAAUGUUCCAACAGACAACACAUUGCUCCAUUCAAAGCAGCCAUCGACGAAAAGACAAGAGGCCGCGCAAGAAGGCUCAAUCACUGAUCAGGAAAAGGUGGUAGCCACGACUGUGAGUAGUUCGAACUCAGUCAAACAAAGUAAGUAA